AUCACCACUCUCAUCAUCGCCUGCAACCUCAUUCAAUUCAUCUCCAACGCAGUCGGCAUAGUCGCUGGUCUGACCAUCGGCAAACAACUCGGCAUCGAUGGCGGACCCUCGCAAGCCAACUGGAUGGCUGCUUCAUACUCUUUAACGCAGGGGACGUUUGUUCUGGUUGCUGGUCGGCUCGGUGCAAUCUACGGUCACAACAGCAUCUUGCUGAUAGGCAGCGCAAUCUUUACCGUGUUUUCUCUUGCCAACGGCUUCUGCGAGGACUACGUGAGCUUCGCCAGUGUGAGAGCCUUGACUGGAAUUGGAGGAGCCCUGAUCAUGCCGAGCGCUGUUGCGAUGCUCUCCAUUACGACUCCUCCAGGAAAGCUACGGAACUUCUGCAUCGGGCUCUUCGCGGCCUCAGCUCCCCUGGGAGGCUGGUUAGGAGCAUUGCUAGCCGGGAUCUUUAGUGAUUGGAGAUGGAUCUUCUGGCUGAUGACAAUCAUGAUGGCAGUGGUCACUGGCGUUCUAUUCUUCAUCCUGCCAAAAGAGCAGCCAGUCGAUCCCAAGGGUCGGAUAGACUACGUUGGGGCAUUCCUAGGCGUUGCAAGCCUGAUCAUGUUCAACUUCGUCUGGAAUCAAGCUCCAACAGCUGGGUGGGACACCUCCUACAUCAUAAUCAUCCUUGUGGCCUCGGUCGCAUCCUUCACACUAUUCAUCAUGUGGGAGAGAAAGUUCGCCUCCGAGCCCAUAAUGCCCCUCUCCAUCUUCAAGACCCCGACGUUCUCAGCCCUCGCCACAGUUGUCAUGCUGAGCUACAUGGCCUUUGCAAUCAGCUUGUGGUACAUGGUCGCCUGGCAACAACUCCUACGACUCUGGACACCGAUGCAGAUUGCUAUCGGCUGGAUACCCUUCGCCAUUGGUUCAGUCGGCUCAACAUUCCUUGCAGCCUGGUUGAUUCCACGCCUCGCCGCUCAGUGGAUAGUGGUCUUGGGAGCAAGCUGCAUCGCCGUAUCCAACUUGCUGUUGGCCACCAUGCCGGAGCAUCAGACGUACUGGGCUCAGACUUUCCCGGCGAUACUCAUCGGCAGUCUAUGUCCGGACUUUGUCUUCACGGCAGCCCAGAUCAUCGCUUGCAACAGCGUGAGUCGACGCGAACAAGGAGUUGCGGCAAGUCUGAUUGGCACUCUAAAUCUCUACAGCUGCAGUCUGGGUCUUGGUUUUGCUGGGACGAUCGAGAGCCAGAUCGAUCUCAGUACGACAGAUUCGACGAAAGGAUAUCGAGCCGCUUUAUACUUUGGAGCUGCCAUAGCUGCAGUAGCCGUGGCGGUGAGCUCAGUCUUUGUCAGAGUACCGGAGGACAAGAGGGAAGGGUGGAAUGAG